ACGUCAAGUCCUCAUGUAAAUGCAACAAAAAGUCGCGUUUUUAAUUGCUCCUAGCAUCUUUACCUAGUUAUAAAAUAAAUACCUAGAAAAAGUUUACCUCACUAGAACUGGAAUCUGAUGCCCUGCUGUUGUUUAAUAAUUUGCCAUUAAGUCUCAGUGUACAAGGGAAACGACUGAAAAAUCAUGAUCAGAAAAAGGUGUUCGCCGUCGCGAUAGUUGAAACUAGCACAACUCGCGGUUGGAGCGGACGGGCCGGAAUAUAUGUGACCUAAAUUAUUGUUUUCGCCAUAGGGACAGCCCAACUUGGAGAUUACGGAGAAGGCAUCCAGCAGCGAAUCUUGGCACAAUUUGAUCUCAUUAGAAGACAGCUACACUUCCGUAUUUGCGUUGUCGAGACUAGAAUGGCGACUUACAAUAAUCCCCACUGGUUGCUGUCCCACAUUCGUAACUCGUUCAUCUCCACCGAUGACACCGGAUUGAGCGAGACGGUAAUGAUGCUCGAGGACAUUCCAGCCCAAUAUGCCCAACUGCACAAGCAGGCAGCACAAUCUGCUAGUGAAGAACUGUCCGAAACGCCGAGGGAAGAAGCACGGUUACCGGAACCACUGUUGAGUUACUCUGAUUUUUAUUGCUAUCCAGGGCUUGAGGAUUCGGACGAUGAUGAAGCAGAUUCAUUGUCGCAAUCCUAUGAAAUUCAGAUGGACCAGGAAGUGGGGUUUCACCGACAACGUUCCAACACAGAUCAGAAGCUGGAAAGACUCGAGAUAGCCAGAAGGAAAGCAGCAAGAAUUAAAAAUAUUAAGUACGAAACAGCGGUUCAACAAGGCGAUGAAGGCGAUGAUGAACUGUUCGUGCGAAAGCAGGUCAAGUUGGUUGAUGAAGAGAAACGAACGUCGAUGUUGACCAAACAGCUGGAAACGUAUCCUAUAAUGCCGCAGAAUAAAUUUCUCGAGUAUGCCAAAUAUGAUGGAACUUCUCAAACGGAGGUACCAACAAAAAUGUUCAAGAUUUUUCUCGGUAUGAUGCCGGAGGAGCAACAGCGAGCAUAUCCGGUUUCAGUUUGUGUCACUGCUACUGCCAAAAUCCAGGAUUUUAUAGGUUUAAUUUGUUAUAAGUGUAGUCUAGUGUAUCCGGAUGUAAGUUUGCGGUCUGUCCGACAUUACGGUCUUUUUAUGACGGAGGAGGAUGGAGAAAUAGAUUUAGAUUUUCCUGCCUUGGAUGUUAACGAACAGUGUUCAAAGUUUUGUUUUACACAUUUGGCGAUAGCUGAGAGGAAGCCACCAGAACUUCAAGCUCAAACUAGUUUGAGUGGCUCAUCGGUGGUUCGAAGUGAUUUGCGCACUCGAUCAAUAACCUCAGAACUGGGAGAACCAAGUUGGCAGAGCGCGUACCGAACAGAAGAGUCAUCUGCUGCCGAUACGAAGAUGUUAACCCCUCAACAAAAAAAGGAUCUUGACAAGAUGCAAGGACAUACCUCAAAGCUAGAAGCUCCACAGUAUCGGUCGUUUCAAGUUUUUAUAAUCCAUAAAGCGCGUUUGAAAACAGAAGUUCAGCUCGGUAUAUCCGGCGACAAACUCGAGAUUGAUCCUGUCCAGCCAAAAUCCACAGCAAAGUUUUGGCCCCGUCAGAAAUCAGCUAACCACAGCAUGGAUUCAAUCGCUCAUUGUUCAAUGGUGGAACGAAAGACCUCCAAAGCAACUUUGAGGAUAGUUUACAGCGCCACAUCGUAUCCACAAGGUUUAUCUGCUUCAACCGGAACUGAUUUUGUUAUGUCGAGUCCUACAAUCCGACAGCAGCAAGCAUCAGGACAAACUUCGGCUCUUUUUAAACAUUACGACAUUGAAACCGAUCCUGCCACGGCACAAGAGAUCGUAGAAAAAAUCAACAAUAUCCUCGAGGUCCGAUCCAGUCCAGUACGACGGGAAUACAUUGCCAGCCGAAGUGCCCGCUGAAGAUGGAUCCUAUCGUCGGCUUCGUCAUACAAACACCCGCCAACAAACGACCCGUGUAGAUAUUCUCAUCUAUCAAUUCACUGCCAGUCCUUCAAUACAGAUUAUUUAUUUUUACAACCCAUUCAUUCCCCUUAUUCACUUCUGUGCGAUCGUUACAUAGUUCCUUUAUAUUGUUCAAAGAAAUCGUUUUUGAGCUAAAGUUCUAGGGUCUUCCAGGCAGAGGAAUAUAAUGCGUUGGAAACAUUACAAGAAAGACGAACGGUUUGUCGGUAUAGAAGAUCACCGUAGUAGUAGUAGUAGCACACAGUAGUGUGGAAGUAGUUUUUAUACAGGUGGUCAUUUGGCAUAAUUAAGGUAAAACGUUACUUUAAGUUGGUUUUAACAUUAGUAUGUUUUCAAAUUGAUUGCAGAAAGCAGAUCAAAAUUUAGCAUCUUCAGCAAGUUAAAGGUGUUAACCGCUUACCUCGGCCUAACACUUUAUAUUUUUUUUCUGGAAAUCGCGACCUUUGGAGGGAAAGUUUUUAGAAACUAGUUACGAAUCACAAAUAUGUUUUUGACCGAGUGCUUAAAGUACCAUCAGCUAGUAGUUUUUCGUCCAAAUAGCGAUGGCGAUUUUGUUACUUCCUCGUAAAUUUUCGAAUCAAUCACUUUCUAACCUUAGACAAAGAAUGAAAUCGCGAGUAAAUCAACGACCGACAUUUUGUGGUAAGUGCUUUUUUCAAUUUCAAACAAACCCGGUUUUUCUUUUGUUUGAAGCUUGUUUAAAAUCAUGUCCAAAAAAAAAAAAACAAAAAAUAGAUCACCAAACUUAUAAUGCCAAACACCGUGCAGGAUAGACCGCAAGAAAAUAAUGCAACAUAAACCGAACAGCCCGAUAUGCUAGUAUACUGUGCCUGAGUCACAAGCAUGCAAUUAUACAACUCUUAGUAAAUGGAAAGUGUUCAUCAGUUUUAGGUUUAAACUACAAAGCAAGCAAGCAAACAAACAAACACAUAGCUAUAUAAUGAUAAUUUUGGCAGCAGCCAGCAAGGAAGAGAUUACAGUUUACACUCAUUCUCGCAACCGUACUGAAACCAUUACAGCAUAGAAGAAAAUAGAAUGCAACUGAAAAUAGCCAAUAUCUACUGUUAGGAAGCGUCAUGGUCGGCACUAGACAGCAGCUAAAGUCCCUUUAGGGAGACAAUGAAGCCACACAUCAAUAAGGCACCUUCAGGUAUUCUUUUUAUGUCGAGUUCGAAUCAUACAGUAUGCUCACUACCUACGCAGGUCCGUUGCUAAAGGAUAAAAUACAAUGCAAAGAAAUUACUGUAUCAUAUGAAACCUGUAUAAAUGUAAAAAACAAAAUCUAGGUUGUAAGUUACAUCUGCAUGUAUUUUUAUUUAAAAACUGGAUAAUUGGUAGGAUUGGAGAAAGCUUUUUUGCUGACAGCUUCAGUUUUUUUAAUGUGGAACCCGAACACUAUUUUAUUGUUUGUUACAUACAGUAAAAUUACCUUGCAAAUUCAAUAGUUCUACGAUAUUUAUUACAGCUAUACUUUUUUACAAAAUACAAACUCAAAAUUUCAUUAAAACAAACCUUCUUAUGAUACUCUAUCCGAAUAUCCAGUAGCAUUUACAAGAUUUACUAAUGGGAAGAAAGUUUUCGUGCGUCUUAUAAGUUUUUCGUAUAUAGUUCCGUCUAUAGUUUAAUGUUUCAGACGUC